AUGCUGAUGUAUAAUCAAUGGUCAUUCAAACUACUGAGCACUAUUGGCAUCUUAAUCCAUCUACUACUUGUCGAUAUCCCCAAGGAUAUUAUAAGGUGGAUUACACUGAAUCAAAAGAAUGUCGACAAGCAAUUAAUUGUUAUAACCGGUGGUGGUUCCGGAUUAGGCAGACGCAUGGCGCAAAUUUUGUCCCUUGAAAAACGAGCAAGGACAGUUAUACUGGAUGUCAACCUUAGUGGCGCUCAAGAAACGGUCACUUCAAUAGUGAGUAAUGGUGGCCACGCCUACGCUUACCAGUGUGACAUAAGCAAUGAUGAAGAGGUUCAAAAAACUGCGAAAGACAUCGAACAGGAACACGGAAAAGUAGACAUCGUAGUAUGCAAUGCUGCCGUGCUCACUUUCGCGCUUUUCAAGGAUCUGACGGUUGAUCAGCUUCAACAUUCAAUAGCUGUCAACAUUUUAGGUACCAUAAAUACAAUUCGAGCUUUCAUUGAGCCAAUGGAACAACGAAACUCCGGACAUAUUGUAGCCGUAUCAUCCAUCGCAGGAUUUUCCGGAGAAACUUUUGGUCUUGCAUACUGCCCUACCAAAUUUGCUGUCCGCGGAAUCAUGGAAUGUCUUCAAAUGGAGUUAAGAGAUCGUGGUCUUGAAGGCAUCGUCUGUACCACG